GAGAAAAAAACCUUUCGGAAAGUCAGCAGCGGCGUUAAAGCAUGUCUUUCUGCUCUCCGGUACGAAAUUUCUUCAUCUUCCAAACAGUCUGGCUUAUGUGGUGUGUUUCGGUUGACAUGGAUUGGUAUGCACGGAUAGGAAUUGCAGUUCAUGAGAUAUGAUUUAGCUGGGUCAAGGCGGAGCUUGGGAGUCCAAGAUGAGCAAUAAGCAGGGACUGGGCUGCAUCAACCCUCUUGUUCAAAGUAAUAUGGAAGGUACCAUGGGUACUGUAGUCCCCGCGGGGCUCCCUAAAGCCGACAGCCUGCCACACUAUUCCCAUGACAAAGCUCUACCAAUCAGCAGGGCUUACUUUUCUUACACUCUAAGUGGACAAGAUGCUCUUGACUUUCCUUCUCCAUGGGGCCACUCAAAAAGCUGCAUGAGAAAUGGGCCAAGUCCAGGGAUUCACUCGUCGGCCACUGAUGGGUCAUUUACAAUUCCAGCUGUUUACAGACCUGAUAAGGUGUCUUUCCCUGUGGAUGCUGGAAGUGGGCACUGUAAUGGACCCCAAGAGUUGGCAGUGAAGCAGAGGUUGGCCUAUUAUUCCAGCAGUCCAAGACAGCACAGUCCCAGGGCGGCUAGGGUAGUCUCGCCAGUGGCAGUUCCUAAUGGUCAUAUUAGAGGCUCUGAUGCAGAAAGAUGUGUUGGAUUGGCUAUUCCAAAACCAGUAUACAGUCAUAGCCCUUGCUGUACAGAUCGUGGAUGUACUGCCGGGCACAACUAUGGCAUGGAACAUGGCCCACAUAGGAUGUCCCCUCACAUAUAUGAUGAGGAUUGGGCUGCUCAUUAUAGCCGCUUGGCUUAUCUGCAUAAAAAAGGCCAGGAAGCACUGGCACAACAGAGGGGUUUGCAUUUGGAGCAUGGUGCGGAGGGUAUAAAGGAUGGAAAGACAGGGGGCUACAAUAUUGGAUCUAAUGGGCCAAGGAGGCCACUUCCUGUAAUGGAACCAAGCUAUACUUAUAAUGCUCCACAUCCAUUUAUUAGUGCCACACCAGAGUACUGCCAUCGUGCCCCAAUUCCUCCACAGGUAUACAAGGGGUAUCCACAUCCUUACGACCCAAGGACAUUGGCACACCAUGAAGUUUCUUCAAAAGUGUAUCAGGGCCGUUCUCCCAUACCCAAAUACACACCAGUGCCACCAUGUCCCAAUAUCUAUUAUCCUCAGAGUCAUCCUGAGACUUACAGAACCGAUUCCAGUGCUCUUACAAAUGAGCAUGGUCAGCACCACCACAUGGGUCAGUUUCAUUCACCUCAAACAGACUUGAUAUCACCACCCUGCUCUGUUGUGCCCACUCACCAUCCGCUGAUCUCAAAAUAUCCUACUUAUCAUCCAUAUGGGGUCCAUUUAAAUACUAACCAAGCAUCCACUAAUGAACAGACACAUCCACCUUUUCCAGUGGAUCAGUCAGAAAGGCCACUUGAUUUCUCGACACGAAGGGUUCAGACACCAGACUCUCCUCGGGAUCUUUGUAAGCCGUCUGGAACUUCUGGGGCUUUCCAUCCUACUCCGUCCCACUACAGAUGUCUCAGUAAUACCACUACCACUGAACACUCAGAGGUGCCUGGCUUUUUCACUGGCAGUUCCAAAGAAUUUCCCAUGAAGUCCAAUGAAGAGGUCAUGGCAUUCAGGCAUUGUAUUUCAAAUUCACCUGACAAAGGUGUAUUAGCGAAAAGGCCCAUAGAGGAACCUGAAACAGACAUAGCCAGUAAAAAGCAAAAGACUCACUCAAUGCACCAGUUGUCAGAAGAUGAGCCUCAUUCACCAUCAUCACCUCCAAUGCCAGUUAUUAAUAAAGUUUUUAGCUUGGCUCCAUAUAAAGUCUAUUUGGAAGCUACAGGUAUGUUGUCUUCAUUAGGGGAUUCAAAAAGUCCAAAGCCACAGCCUGAGAUGAUGCAGCUUAAACAAGAGCCAGACAUUCAAAAUUGUGAUGUACAACCAAAUUCUGGCAAAAAUAGUCUCAGAUUAAAACAAAAAACCCAAAAUUUACCAGCUAACAGAGACGAUUCGGUUGAAACACCAGAUGCUAUAAAGAUUAAAACAGAAGAAAUGGAUGCAGGUGAACUGGGUAAUCAAUCAGAAAUGAAAGUGAGAGUUUCUGAGGAGGUAAAUCAUCAAGAACAUGAUUCUGUGCUCAAAGAAGAGCGAGUAGAGUCGGACACAAAAUUGUCUGGCUCUCAUUCUUGUAAAGUUGUAGUAAAGAGUGACUUUGAAGAAGAAAGUAAUCCACCCUCAGUAGAAAAUGAUGAACCUUCAACAUGCAAGACUGGGAAUGCUGUGACAGACAGCAAAGAAUCCACUCCUGUUCCCACAACAACUCCAGAACCUCCUCCACUGACCAAAUUCUCCCUUACCAGAAUCCCACCUCAUUGCCUAAAAUUGUCCAGUUUUAAAAUAGUCAUCCCUGAGGUCUUAAGAUCUCCAACAACCCAACCCGUGGAAGUUCCUCAGUCUCCUGUGGAGUCGCCCAAGCCCAUUAUAACUAGUAGCAAGCAUGCCCGUUAUCAGUUUAUGGAGCUUCACCAGUCCCUCUGUAGACUUUUACACUGCCAUGUUACUCAAACCCCAUGUCAGGUGCUCAGGGACUGGUUAUGCAAACUGGACCUACGCGAGUCAGGCAAAGCUCAGAAAGUUUCUUGCCUCGUGGGGUCAAAAAUGAGGGAAGUGUGGCUUAAAGGUGACGAGAUGGAGGUGGCUCUUCAAAGGGUGGUCCGCCAGCUUCAAAUGUACAUUGAUAUCAGCGAAUGCCCCUUUCCUCAUGUCAUGAGGGCUGGUGCUGUGUUCGUUCCCAUGUUGGUGGUCAAAGAGGUGCUGUUUCCUCAGGUUCAAGGCACAUUCAUAGACCAGGUUCUUCAGGAGCAUCGGGUGGAGCUCCGGCCCACCACGCUUUCAGAGGAAAGGCAACUCACUCAACUCCACAGAAAGGCUUUCUCUUCAAAACUCCGGAGACUUCUGUCCCUUAAACACCUGCCUGACAUAUACCCUGAUGUCCUCAACCUCCUCUACCAUGCCAAUGUCUGCAAGUUCCUCGAUUCCACUGCUACAGAUGGUGUCCAAAAAACGCCCAGGAGCUGAAACCAGCAUAACCAUCAAGAGCGAGAGCACGGACAGCACAGAUGAAUCCACCAGCUGUGUGAAUGGAGCUGAAGAAUUCAACCUCGA